GGGUCAGCCAAUCCCCUCCAUGAUGCUUGAGCUGACCUGCGCUUGGGAGCCAGCUGCUGGAGCCCGGCCCCGCUCCCCGGGCCCUUUUGCCGGCCCGGGGUGCGGGAGCCGCUGCGCAGGCGCCCCCGGGCUCGCGACGUGGCCCCCUGCUUGCCCCGAGCUUGCGCUCGCCGGGGUCAGUGCGUGCCCGAGCGAGCUGCUCUCUCGGCAAGCCGCGGCCGUUCAGGAUUGAAGGGGCCAGUGCCAGAAGCCACGGCCGACGCCAUUGGGACGUGUGUCAGCCGUGCCGGGCAAGCUCGGGUGGCACAUUUCCGCGCGGGCUGGCGCGCGCGCCUUCGCGGCGGGCACGUUAUUAGAUCUAAUCUAGCCGGGCUGGUGCCCGAGUGGCGCCGUCGGGGCGUCUGGCCGCAGGGAGAACGCACGAUGGGUUGUGCUUGGGCAGGGCUAUCCAGGUUUUCCUGUUUGCUCUUUCUUUUGACGUAGGUCGCACGUGCGCAUGAGCGCCCUGAUGGUUUACUGCAUGUUCUUUUCUGUGUGAAUUCGCGCGCGCUCGGCGCCGCACCGUCUUUCUCCUUGCACGCGCACGGCCACUCUCAGCUGCACGCCGCUGCCUCUCUGCGGGGUACCUGCUGAUGUCUGUGCCGUCGUGGAGGAAGAGGGCAUGGCGAAGGCGGCCUUAACAUUACAUAUCUAAUUUGAGAGCGUGUAGAGGGGGGGCUGCACUGGAGCCUCUCCAGGACUGCCAGGAGCGCACCGUCGCGAAGGGCUCCGCGCCCCAUUUUUUCAGGCUCGCUGGCCGCUCCAGCGGUGCGGCCCGGCAGGCCGCCCCGGCAGUUUGCAGAUAGUCGAGCAGACUCUUGGCCACCCCGGGGUCUCCCUCGUAGCCAUGCUCGAGUAUCUUCCAGGCAGGCUUGGCCUGAUCCAGCUCGCGUCGCGAGGCGCCCUGCAGCGGCACCUCCUGCGGCCACGCGAGGUUGGCGACGGCAGCUCAUGCAAGGCCAUGGGCUUGGUUGAGGCACGGCAGAGCCCGGGGGGGGGCGAAGGGGGAGGCGUGGUGGAGCUCGGUUUCAUCAUCGUUCGGGUGCCUUCAAUCUGCUGGUCUCCUCUGGCGUUGUGAUUCGUGCGGCGUGUGUGUGCGUCAGUUAGCUGCUUCCGUUGCGUCGUGGCUUGGGCCACUUCACCUUUCUCCCCAGGCUUUGACCGCGGGCUGGUGAUGUGCGGCGCCGGAAAAGCAAAACUUCCGACUAUAGCUG